UCGGAUUCUGAACAUCCAGCAUUCGUUCGAACGUCUUCUGCCGCAUGUGUUCUAAGGAGGCUGAAAAAUCCUCCAACCUGAAGAAAACUUAGCGAUCGCUUCUGAAAAAUCGCUCGGAAAUCGGUAAAUCAUUCGUGAUCCGGAGGCAGCGGAUGCAGUACGCUCUAGGCCUCUGGGAUUUCUUUGGGAACGUAGAAGGUCGCGAAAUGGAAUGGACGAGGGACAAGACCUUGGAACUCCUGCAUUCUUAUCAACAGAGGAGAGUCCUUUGGGAUUGGAGCGCCAGGGGAUAUCGCGAUAGGAACAGGAGGCGGCGAGCUAUACAGGAGCUCGCCGAAAUUUUGCAAUGCAACACGCUAGAGAUAGAGAAGAAAAUAACGAAUUUGAAGUGUCAGUAUUCCCGCGAAGUCCACAAGAUUCAAAACAGUCGUAACGUCGCCACCGGACCCGAGGAUAUCUACGUCUCCAAGUGGUUCGCUUUCGAGGCCAUGCAGUUUCUGCAAUUCGGUACGCGACGGUACAGCAAACGGAAAAAGAAGGUCGAUCAGCUGCUGCUGAUGGAAGAAGAGGAGUACAUAGUGAGCGAUAUCGAUCCCGAAAGCAUAGCAUUCCGCUAUUGUAACGACGGUACGAAUGGAUCGGCAACUGGUUCUGUGACGAACGUGUCGCUCGUUAAGGACGCCGAGGAGCCCCUCACAUCGAGUAGGAUAAAAAUUGAGGAGAGGCUCGGCGGGCUUUCCAAAAUGGACGAGAGGUCCUUGGACAGGGACGUCGACGAGGCGGAGGCGGAGGCGAGAGCCGAAAACGAAGCGACGCAUUGGCGAUUUCGGGAAGAAUUCGUCAAGUUUGGAGAGAGCAUCGCCGAUCAGUUGGCACGGGUACCCGAUCCCUAUUCCAGAUCCGUUGCAAAACUGAGGAUCAAUCAGAUCCUGUUCGAAGCCGAGAUCGGUGUUUACGCGCAGACCGGAUCUUGAACGAAACGGCCGAUUGAUUUCGAAAAAACUGAUGACCACGAUUUUUCCUUUAUCUACGCUGAACGUUUGCCGAAUACGAAGUGCACUGAGAGAACGAAGAAUGAUUAGUUAGCGGGCUAGGGUAAAAUUGAAUCGAUAACAUUUUUGUAGAAAGUACUUUACACAUGUACAUAUACCUAUAUGUAGGUACGCUCUAAACAGAGCCUGCCAAUUUUUAUAAUCAUUUGUACUUUUCUGGUAAAUAAACAUUUUGUUAUACGAUCAUUCUAAAAUGUGAAUCAUUAUUAUUGCACCCUGAUGUUCGAUUAUACUUUUUUCGAAA